GCCACCUCUACCCUGCGUCGCCUCUCACCCGGGAGGGGCACGGGAGAAGGGGCCGUGGGCCUCUCGGUUAACGAGCUUCGGGGGUUGCGGCGGGUUAGUGACAGGCGCGCUUGGCAAUAGCCUGUGCCGCUUUGCUUGGGACCACUCGAACUGGCGCCCGCAGAGUUGAGCAGCUGCCCGCAACGCCAAAAACAUUUACCAUCUAGCACUUUGCAGAGCAAGUUUGCCGACCCCAGACCUAGCCAACUGAAUUUCCACUGAGAGGAAGACGUGAUUUUCAAAGCUAAUUAUGAAAACAUUUGUCAUUGGAAUCGGUGGUGUGACAAAUGGUGGGAAGACAACACUGGCUAAGAAUUUGCAGAAACGCCUUCCAAACUGCAGUAUCAUAUCUCAGGAUAAUUUCUUUAAGCCAGAGUCUGAGAUAGAGACAGAUGAAAAUGGAUUUCUUCAGUAUGAUGUGCUUGAAGCACUUAACAUGGAGGAAAUGAUGUCCGCCAUUUCCCACUGGAUGGAAAGUGCAGCACACCCUCUGGCAUCAAGAGACAGGGGAAACACUGAGGAAAUUCCCAUCUUAAUUAUCGAAGGUUUCCUUCUCUAUAAUUACAAGCCCCUUGACACUAUAUGGAAUAGAAGCUAUUUUCUGACCAUUCCGUAUGAAGAAUGUAGGAGGAGGAGGAGUACAAGGAUCUACGAGCCUCCAGACACCCCAGGGUACUUUGAGGGCCAUGUGUGGCCCAUGUAUCUAAAGCACAGGAAAGAAAUGGAGAACAUCUCAUGGGAAAUCGUUUACCUAGAUGGAACAAAAUCUGAAGAGGACCUCUUUUCACAAGUGUAUGAAGACCUAAUGCAAGAACUAGCAAAGCAAAAUUGUCUGCAAGUGACAGCGUAGAGUUGGAAUGCACUGAAUCCUUCCUGGAGUGAAUUAGGACAUUCAAAGGAAGCUAUGCAAGAACCUUAACCAAGAUACAAUGUGUACUUUGGUAUGAUGACAGCCUGUUGUUUUGUUUAUUUGUUUCUCUGUUUGUUCUAUCACACAUGAUUUCCUUAACACAUGGAAAAGUGAGUAGUUAUCCAUGACAAUGGACAGGAAUUUACUUUAACUUUGUUCUCACUCCAGGAAGUACAAGACACAGCAUAGCUCACAAAGAGUGAGUCAGUUUCUCUAGACCAGUGAUUGUCAAACUCUUCUGAAUGGGACCCGGAGUAAGGAAUAAGAUAUAGAUCACAAUCCAGUAUAUAUGUAAUCUAUUGAUGUGUGUGUUUGUGUGUAUGUAUCUAUAUGUGUUGCGUGUAUCAUAUCAAGAAUUAUAAAAUAUUUACCUCACAUACAAUGUACUCUUGAUAUUUCUCUAUUUUUAAUUUUUUAAAAAUAUUGGUUACCAUCCCAUACCAAUGCCCACCUCCUGCAAAUAAAGGGAUUACCAGGAGUAGUAAUAUUGGUAAUCAUAUUGAAUAAUCAACAAUUUGCCUUUUUUGUGUUUUGUGUUUUGUCCUUGUUGCCGCUGUUACUGUUUUUUUUAUAUGCGUCUGAAACCACUGAAUCAUUUGUGUCACUUAUGUUGAGACUUUGUUACAAAUAAGGUUUUUAUGUGCAUGUUUUAUUUUGUUUUUGUCAAACCGUUGGUCUAAAAUAGCAGAAAUAAGUUACAGUUACUUCAGUGAUAUGUAAUACAGGGGAGCUUUCAUUGAAAAACACAACGGGAGAUCUGUAUAAUCAUAUCAUUUCUUUGAGGCCUCAUUCAAUGCUGGAAGUUAAAUUAGUGAUCAACUUGUUAUUUAUUAAUAAUAGAUAGAUUGCUCACACCCUCUCAGUCCUUACAAAUAUAAAAUAUAUUCUUACAUUAACUUUAAACAUUCUCUACAGACUCAUCUGAUCAGCACUCAGAACUUAGAAAUUUGUAACUAGCUUACACUCACCCAUGACUAGGGGGUUUUUUGGUCACACACACUGAAAAAAAAAAAAUCUGGGCCCAAAUUAAGUUCAUCCUUUUAAUAGCUAUAUGUCUUUGAUCAAACCAUUUAAAGUCUAUACUUCCUCUUUAUAAGAAGGGCAUAUCAACAGUGCUUAGUGUGGGUUUAGUGGAGAGUAAGGAUAAAGUUCACAAUCCUUCAUAUGGCCCCCAAGACAUUCCCUGAUCUAGCUUAUGAGUGCCUCUCUACCCUCAUUUCCAGUCACUCAACCCACUGCUGUUCAGCCAUUGGGACCUCCUCUCCUCAAACUUACCAGGACCCUUCCUGCUUCACAGCGGGCUCAUGUGCUGCUCCCGAUACUUAGAGCAAACUUCUGCAACCCUUCCCUCCAAUUAGUCUGCUAACUCCUCCUCCUUCAGAAGAUGCUGCUUCUCAGAGGAUUCCCUCCUCCUUGCCCCGCCCUCAUAGGUGCUCUCAAAGUUCUACUUUUCCUUCAAAGCGUUAAUCACAAUUGUAGUUAUACUGCUGCUUACAGAAUCACUCAUUUAGUGGCUGUCUCUCCAGCUAGACUGCAAGCUGCUUGAAGGCAGGACCUACCUCUGUGACUUAAUUACAAACACACCCCUGCUAACUAGCACAGUGUCUGGCACAUAAUGAACACAAUAAACGUUGGGUACUUGUUAUAAAUUACUACUAUGUCAGGAAUGAGUUCACAUGCAAGCAACGUGUUACUUGACUAAUACUAGCUUAUUGGGGUUUAUUAUUUUUACAUAACCAAGAAUUAUGGGUUAGAGUUAGAGUUAGGGUUAGGGUUAGCAUUGUCAGAUUUAGGGGGAAAAAAACAAAAAGAAAAUUAGAGGGCAUACAGUUAAAUUUGAAUUUCAGAUAAACUAUAAAUAACAUUUUAGGGUAAGUCCCAAAUAUUACAUAUUGAAGACCUGUUUUUCUGAAAUUUAGCACCUUGAAAGUGUUAUGGAAAAGCCAGGGUCUUUCAUCCUUGCCUUCGGAGCUACCCCAGGAGGUCACAGGAAGGCAGCAGAAGCUCCCCGCACAUUGUCAAUUAUAAAGGCAGGAAGCUGGGUAGAGGACGCACAGCCAGCCGCAGGCCUUCCAGAGUCACCCAGCAGUGACCCCAACAGCCAGAACUGCCUCCAUGGCCACUUCUCACUGAAAGAGAGGCUGGGAAGAGGCGUUCUGAGAGGUUUGAGCUCAUUGUGUUUCAUUGUCUGGGGAUGUUGCCACGGGAAAGAAAAAGCUUUUACUAAGGAAGGAGGAGAAAAUAGGUAAGCAACACCAAGUAUUAGCACAACCUUUUCUCUGCUUAUCCUCCCUGGCUCUGAUUUUAGCAAGCUUAGAUAGAUGUAAUUUGUGUUAUCAAAACAAGAGGUUGUUUUUUUUUUUUAGUGUAAAAGUCUAGAUAUGACUUUUCAAACUUUAUUUUUUCCAAGAAUUUCUGAAAUACCAUCCCCCACAGAGGGCGAUUGUUGAUUGAGAAGCAUCAUACUUGACGGUCAUUUCCCCCCAUUUCAGCAUGUGAAAACAGGUCAGAGAAAGACUCUUUAUCUUGAGAAAAAAAAAACACACUUUAACAAACAUUAAAAAUGUAAACGAUCAGGGCUUCCCUGGUGGUACAGUGGUUGAGAGUCCGCCUGCCGCUUCAGGGGACACUGGUUCGUGCCCCGGUCCGGGAAGAUCCCACAUGCCGUGGAGCGGCUGGGCCCGUGAGCCAUGGCAGCUGAGCCUGCGCGCCUGGAGCCUGUGCUCUGCAAUGGGAGAGACCACAACAGUGAGA